AUGAAAAACAACUACUCAUGGGCUUGGAAGGGCAUUCAGAAACAACUUACUUUCAUAAAGCAGCACUGCAAAUGGAGACUAGGAAGGGGUAAUAAGAUCAAGAUUUGGCUUGAUGUAUGGGUACCUGGAAUGGAUACACCACCAACACCGAAGCAAGGAGUGGCAGAUAGUGAACACUAUAUCUGGGUUAAAGAUAUUUUCUUACAAGAUAUCAGUCAAUGGAAUAGUGAACUACUCCACCACCUGUUUGAUAGUAACGUUAUGGAUCUGAUUCUGAAUAUGAGAAUACCAACUGAAGCUGAAGACAAACUAAUCUGGAACCUGACACAUAAUGGGGUUUUCACUCUAAAAUCCACUUACAACAGGUUGCAUGAGCUAAGUAUGGGUAAUCUGCAAACUUCUAAUAAAAUACAAAACUCUACCAUUAGCUGGAAGAAGUUCUGGAAUAUACAUACAUGGCCUAGAGUAAAGCAUUUAUGGUGGAAAUGCCUCACAGAUUCUCUGCCUACCAAAGUCAGGCUUGCAAUAAAUUGCAGAUAUAUAAAAUGCCUUUGCCCCUUGUGCAAUCAGUUUGAUGAAUCACUCAUGCAUAUUCUCUUUAACUGCCCCUUCUCUAGGGCAUUCUGGAUGCAUAUUUCUGGUGGUGUUGGUAUCUUAACAGGGGCUCAUAACAGCAUUACUGUCAUGUUUGAAAGCUGGAUGAUACAACCUCAACAUCAGUCGAACCAUACUGUAGUGCUGAAUACUGCAAUGAUCGUCUCCUGUUAUAUUGAGAAGCUUAACUCUAGUGUCUCAGUAACUACUAAUAUAGGCCCGCUAGUUAGGAAGGUGUUGCCAAAGUGGAAACCACUUGCUUAUCCAUUUUAUGCUCUUAAUUUUGAUGCUUCAUAUGAUGCUACUACAGGACUAACUGGAAUUGCUAUUGUUGUACGUGAUUUUGCAGGAAGAUGGCGGGGCUGGAAAUUCAAACGGUAUGCAGGAAUAAGGAGCUCGGAACAAGCAGAGUGCCUGACUUUUCUUGAUGCAAUUAGAUGGGGUAUUGAGCUAAGAUAUACACACAUUGUUUUUGAAACAGAUUUGCAAGGAAUUGAUAGCUACAUCAAUAACUCUACACCAGCUGUUGCAUGGAAGAAUGAAGACAUUCUGUUGGAUGCCAUUGAUAGUCUAAAAAAUAUCCCACAAUGA